ACAAAUGAUGACAUCACGUGAGGGCCAAAGCUCCAGGAUCCUCUCUGAAGUGAGAGUCUGUAUUCGAUGCACCCAGAGGAAUGGAAGGCAGGAUCGCAGCUUCCUCGGUGCAACCUCCAAACAGGAAAUCUGAGAUGCAUAACAUCUUAUAGUUUGGCUUGUCAACGUUGGUCAUGCGGUGGCCCCAAAAUAAACUCCCUGCUUCAAAGGAGAGCGUUUCAGAACUGCCGGGCAGAGCAGCCAGAAGCUUGGGGCCAGGGCAGAAGGAAAACUCGGGGAGCAUGUUCUGAAUUCAGACACUCUCAAGAAAAUCCUUUGUAUUACCCCUGAAUUGUAGCCUUGUUUCAGAGCCUAACAGGGUUUUCUGAUUUGCUGUUCCCUCCUCCCCACUGGGUGUCUGUUCUGGAGGCCAGGGUGAGAGGUGGAGGAGGAUGGCCACGCAGAUCAGCACUCGGGGCAGCCAGUGUACCAUUGGGCAGGAGGAGUACAGCCUGUACAGCAGCCUGAGCGAGGAGGAACUGGUGCAGAUGGCCAUCGAGCAGAGCCUAGCGGACAAGACAAGGGGUCCAACCACUGCUGAGGCCACCGUGUCUGCAUGUGCCAACCGCCAACCUGCCCAUUUCUACCCAUGGACCAGGUCCACUGCACCUCCUGAGAGCUCGCCGGCCCGGGCCCCGAUGGGCUUGUUCCAAGGGGUCAUGCAGAAAUACAGCAGCAGCUUGUUCCAGACCUCCCAGCUGGCGCCUGUGGAUCCCUUGAUAAAGGCCAUCAAGAAUGGCGAUGAAGACGCCUUGAAGACCAUGAUCAAGGAAGGGAAGAAUCUCGCAGAGCCCAACAAGGAGGGCUGGCUACCGCUGCACGAGGCCGCGUACUAUGGCCAGCUAGGCUGCCUGAAGGUCCUGCAGCGAGCGUACCCAGGGACCAUCGACCAGCGCACCCUGCAGGAGGAAACAGCUGUUUACUUGGCAACGUGCAGGGGCCACCUGGACUGUCUCCUGUCACUUCUCCAGGCAGGAGCAGAGCCGGACAUCUCUAACAAAUCCCGAGAGACACCGCUCUACAAAGCCUGUGAGCACAAGAACGCGGAGGCAGUGAAGAUUCUGGUGCAGCACAACGCAGACACCAACCACCGCUGCAACCGCGGCUGGACCGCUCUGCACGAGUCUGUGUCUCGCAAUGACCUGGAGGUCAUGGAGAUCCUGGUGAACGGAGGAGCCAAGGUGGAAUCCAAGAAUGCCUACGGCAUCACCCCCUUGUUCGUGGCUGCCCAGAGUGGGCAGCUGGAGGCCCUAAGGUUCUUAGCCAAGUACGGUGCUGACAUCAACACACAGGCCAGCGACAGCGCAUCUGCCCUCUACGAGGCCUGCAAGAACGAGCAUGAGGAGGUGGUGGAGUUUCUGCUGUUACAGGGUGCCGACGCCAACAAGACCAACAAGGACGGCUUGCUCCCACUGCACAUCGCCUCCAAGAAGGGCAACUACAGGAUCGUGCAGAUGCUGCUGCCGGUGACCAGUCGCACGCGCGUACGCCGUAGCGGCGUCAGUCCGCUGCAUCUGGCGGCCGAGCGCAACAACGACGCGGUGCUGGAGGCGCUGCUGAGCGCCCGCUUCGACGUGAACGCGCCGCUGGCGCCCGAGCGCGCGCGCCUCUACGAAGACCGGCGCAGCUCCGCGCUGUACUUCGCCGUGGUCAACAACAACGUGUACGCCACCGAGCUGCUGCUGGAACACGGCGCCGACCCCAACCGCGACGUCAUCAGCCCCCUGCUCGUGGCCAUCCGCCACGGCUGCCUGCGCACCAUGCAGCUGCUGCUAGACCACGGCGCGAACAUCGACGCCUAUAUCGCCACGCAUCCCACCGCCUUCCCCGCCACCAUCAUGUUCGCCAUGAAGUGCCUGUCGCUGCUCAAGUUCCUCAUGGACCUGGGCUGCGACGGCGAGCCCUGCUUCUCGUGCCUCUACGGCAACGGCCCGCACCCACCGGCGCCGCAGCCCUCCAGCAGGUUCAACGACACGCCCGUGUCCAACAAGGAGCCCAGCGUGGUGCAGUUCUGUGAGUUCGUAUCCGCCCCGGAGGUGAGCCGCUGGGCAGGACCCAUCAUCGAUGUCCUCCUGGACUACGUGGGCAAUGUGCAGCUCUGCUCACGGCUGAAGGAGCACAUCGACAGCUUUGAGGACUGGGCCGUCAUCAAGGAGAAGGCAGAACCUCCAAGACCUCUGGCUCACCUUUGCCGGCUGCGGGUUCGAAAGGCCAUUGGGAAAUACCGUAUAAAACUCCUAGACACCUUGCCGCUCCCAGGCAGGCUGAUUAGAUACCUGAAAUACGAGAACACCCAGUAACUGGGGCCACAGGGAGAGAGGAGUAGCCCCUCAGACUCUUCUUACUAAGUUUCAGGACGUUUCAGGACGUCGGUGUCCCCAACUCCAAGGGGGACCUGGUGACAGAUGAGGCUGCAGGCUGCCUCCCUCUCAUCCUGGACAGCUAUCAGGAUCUCACUGGGUCUCAGGGCCAGAGCUUUGGCCAGAGCAGAGAACAGAAUGUGUCAAGGAGGAGAAGAAUCAUUUGUUUACAGACUGACGAGCAGAUCCCAGACCUCCUCUGCCUUCGGGAAUGGCAGAAACCUUCAUUCCUGGGGCUAGGGCAGAGCUUGAGGUGUUCUGGGGAAGGCGGGCUCAGAGCCUUCCCUGCGCCCCUGCACUCGCUCUGGAAAACUCACCACUUGACUUCAGAGCUUUCUCCCCAAAGACUAAGAUGAAGACGUGGCCCAAGGUAGGGGGUAGGGGGAGCCUGGGUCUUGGAGGGCUUUGUUAAGUAUUAAUACAAUAAAUGUUACACACGUGACA